AUAGACGACCCCUUAUUAUUCAUCAAUUUUUUUUAACAAAAUCUUUCAAUCAUUACAAUUAAAAGAUUUUAGAAUUGGAUUUGGCAUUAAAAAAACAUUAUUAAGUUUUGCAUUAACCAUGGGGAUAUUUGGUAACUCGGCAUCACCACUUGAAACUGAAAUAGAAAAAGCAACGAGUGAAACUAACAUUACGGAAAAAUGGUCCCUUAUUAUGGAUGUAUGUGAUAAAAUUGGAAGUAAUCCGAUAAACGCAAAAGAAAGUUUGAGAAUCAUUAUUAAACGCCUUAAUCAUGCUGAUCCUCAUGUUGUUAUGCAAGCCAUUACCUUGUUGGAUGCAUGUAUCAAUAACUGUGGGAAAAAUUAUCAUUUGGAAGUCGCUUCGCGAGAAUUUGAACAAGAAUUUAAGAAAUUAGUCAUUAAAAGUCAACCAACUGUGGCAAAUAAAUUGAAGCAAUGCUUGAAAAAAUGGGCUGAAGGAGAUUUCAAAGCUGAUCCACAAUUGAAUUUAAUUCCAUCCCUUUACAAUAAGAUGAAAUCGGAAGGACAUGAUUUUGUUGAUCAUUCAACGCCAGUGAAAAGGGAAAUUGAGAAAUCAAGUGAUCCGAAUGUGGUUUCUAGUCAGCAAGAAGAAGAUGAUAUUGCUAAAGCCAUCGAAUUAUCGUUAAAAGAAAAAUUUACGCCAUCUAAAGCAGCUUCGAGCAUUACAGCAACUGCAUCAUCACUUUAUCCAUCAAUGAGUGAUGUGUUAAAUAAUUCAAGUGCUACAGUAACUGCUAUUAAAGCUCCAGAGCCUCGAAAAGUUCGUGCAAUUUAUGAUUUUGAAGCAGCUGAAGACAAUGAAUUGACAUUUAAAGCAGGCGAAAUAAUUAUGGUUAUUGAAGAGUCUGAUCCGAAUUGGUGGCGUGGUAGUAAUCACAGAGGUGAAGGAUAUUUUCCAGCAAACUUCGUUUCAGCUGAUUUAAGUUCAGAGCCCGAAGAUUUGAUGCAAAAAGAAACUAGAAAAUCUAAUAAAGUUCCAAAUAAUAACGAUGAGCCGAAAAUCGAAAGACCUGUUGAGAUAAAUGAAGAAGCUAUUGACCGUUUAUUGUUCCUUUUGCAUGAAGCUGAUCCAGAAGAUCCAUCUCAAGAUACCGACGAAAUGAUGCGAUUAGAAAAUUUCGUAAAUCAAAUGGGGCCAUUAAUUGAUUCGGAAUUAGAACGUGUCGAUAGAAGGCAUGCUCAGCUUACUCAACUUAGUAGUGAUUUGAUUGAUACGAUUAAUCUUUAUCAUAGUUUAAUGCGAGAUACUGAAAAGAUUCCAAUAAUGAAUACAUUUCCAAACAUGCAACAUCAAAUGUAUCGUCCCAAUAGCUCUUAUCGAAUGCCAAGCAACAUGGUAGAUCCACAUCUCAUUGGACAGAUGGGGAUUCCUGAACAAAUGCAUCAAAAUUUUCCUUCUCAUCUUGUACAGUCAGGCAAUAUGUCUGGUCAUAUGAGUCAAAUUAAUAAUCAAAGUCCAUCACAGGAACAAAUGAUGCAGCAAUAUCAACAUCCAAUAAACGGUAUUCAACAAAUGCCUCAAAUGCCAAGUGCAAUUUAUCAUAAUAAUCAGUCACAAGACAUGUCACAAGCUAGCAUGCCGUCUCAGCAAAAUCAUUCUUCGUUACCACCAACAUUCCCUCAAAAUCAUAAUUUAGCUCAAAAUUAUUCUUUAUCUCCUUUACAACAACAUCACCAGCAAAUGACUAGAAUGACGCCGCAAAAUUUUCAAAUGAAUCCAAAUAUGAUUCCUUUAAAUCAACAAAUCCAGCAGCAACAACAAAUUACAGAUAUGCUAGGAAAUAUGACACUGCAGUCAACAACAAUGAAUUAUCCUUCACAGCAGACGAUUGAUGCAGCAGCACAACCAUUAUAUCAACAGCCAUGAGCAUUUAGUUAUUGCAUAUAAAUUUUUGAGUAAGCUUGAUGUUCUGUUUAAAAAAUGACGAAGGAAGGAAAAUAAAUAAUUGUUCUAGGUAUUUAAAAUUAUCAGUUUAAAAAUAUUAUCUAUUAUCUGUAAUACAGUUUAAAGAUUAAUAAAAUUUUAUUAUAUUCUAAAAUUAUAGACAUGCAG